AUGUCGAAUAAAAAAUAUAUUGAAUGGUUAGAAAAAUCUAUUUCUAAUAAAUAUGUCAACCAUUUUGAAUACUCUGAAUUUCAAGAUUUUCGACUAAUAGGAAAUGGUGCAUUUGGAGAAGUUAUGCACGCUUAUUGGAAAAAUCAUGGCUGCGAUGUUGCAUUGAAAUCUUUUAAUAAUAAUAAAACGACUUUAAAGAAUAUU